UUGGACCGUACCUAUGGGGCAAUGAGCUGCUCCAGUCCAAUUCUCCCCCAUUCACUGAACCUGCUCCACGUCCCCAGCAAAAGUUGACGAGCUGAUGCUGCACCAUCGACUGCUGUUGGCCAUGGCCUUGGCAGAGAACCCUGGAGGUCCUCGCACUAAGAGGCCAGAGACAUCAUUCCUGUCUAGCCCAUCGCGAUUCCCUCCCCUCCUCGGCCCGUGAUCUGGGGCUACGAGGCGUGUCUUUCAUGCACUUGGAGCUACUAUUUCCGACAAAACUUGUCCACAAGGAAACUCCCGUGCUCCGCUCGGUCUACCGUAUGUCGUCAUUCAUCCCUCAUCAUCGGCUUGACGGCUACCUUAGCUGCCUCCAAUGCCCAGCAUCCUUCGUGAUCUGCUGUUGUAUUUAAGCCUCAAGCGGUGAUCCCCCAGAUUUGGCAAUCUUGAUCUCAACAUCAAUCCAUCGCAUUUUCUCUUCUGGUGCAUGCCCGAUUUUCAUCUACACUCUUGAUACCAUAACCACAGUUGCUCAUUCACACGUCAAUAUGCCUCUUGCAAGUCACGUCAACCCAGAGGACAUUGUCCAACGCCUCCAGGCAACUCACAUCACAGCUCCGGGUAAUGCCAAUGCCUCCAGCCAUGGCACUUCAUCACACAUCCAACCCUAUGACAGCCGAUACACCAGUCAAACCAACAUUCCCAAGUACAAGAUCCCUGAUGAGGGCGCCCCAGGAGACACCGUCUUUCAGAUGAUUAGGGAUGAGCUGGACCUCGACGGCAAACCCAACCUUAACCUGGCCAGUUUCGUGGGAACAUGGAUGGAACCUAAUGCCACCCAGCUCAUGCAGGAGAACCUCUCCAAGAACCUCUCAGACGCAGAUGAGUACCCUGCCAUGAUGGAGAUGCACCAGCGCUGCAUCAGUAUCAUUUCCCACCUGUGGGGUGUCCAGCCCGGUGAGAAAGCCAUCGGCUCCGCAACCACGGGUUCCUCCGAGGCCAUCCAUCUCGGCGGUCUCGCCAUGAAGCGUAGAUGGCAACUGAAACGCAAGGAACAGGGCAAGGACACCUCCAAGCCCAACAUUCUCAUGGGCUCCAACGCGCAGGUCGCCUUGGAGAAGUUUGCCCGUUACUUUGACGUCGAGGCCCGCAUCUUGCCCGUCAGCAAGAAGAGCCACUACCGUCUAGACCCGGCUCUUGUGAGAGAAAAUGUCGAUGAGAACACCAUCGGUGUCUUUGUCAUUCUCGGAAGCACAUACACGGGGCACUACGAGCCCGUUGAGGAGAUUUCGCAGAUUCUCGACAAGUACCAGGAAGAGACUGGUAUCGACAUUCCCAUUCACGUCGAUGCCGCUUCUGGUGGCUUCAUCGCCCCUUUCACCCACGCAGGGGUCGGCGGUUCCAAGUGGAACUUUGAGCUCCCUCGCGUCAAGUCAAUCAACGUCUCAGGCCACAAGUACGGCCUUGUCUACGCCGGCCUCGGCUGGAUUAUCUGGCGCGACCAGUCUUUCCUCCCAGAGGACCUCAUCUUCGAGCUUCACUACCUCGGAGGUACAGAAAAGUCAUUUACUCUCAACUUCUCCCGCCCAGGUGCACAGGUUAUCGUGCAAUACUACAACCUUAUCCACCUAGGCUUCGACGGCUACCGCUCCAUUAUGGAGAAUUGUCUCUCCAACGCCCGUAUCCUCGCUCAGAGCCUCGAGGCCACGGGAUGGUACACCGUCGUCUCUGACAUCCACCGCCGUGCACCUCACAAGGAAGCAAGUGGCGCUGUGAAGAAGAUUGUGAACCAGGCCGCCACCGCCGUCGGAGGCGAGAGUGCUGCCCCGGGGGAGACCUCGGCCGACUACGUUGCCGGCCUGCCUGUCGUCUCUUUCCGUCUGACGGAUGAGUUCAAGGCCAAGUACGAACACAUCAAGCAGGAGACCGUCUCCCUCAUGCUUCGCGCCAAGGGUUGGAUCAUUCCCAACUACCCGCUCCCGCCCAAUGAGGAAAAGAUUGAGAUCCUCCGCGUCGUUGUUCGCGAGACCAUGACAUUUGAUCUGCUUGAGCGGUUGUUGACGGACAUUGUCGAGGUCACGGAGACACUUAUUGAGAAUGACGAGAUCGAUUUGCAGGUUCUGAAGAAGCAUCACAGCCGCAGGCGGGUGCGUGUCAAGGGCGAUGAGGAGAAGCACAAGAAGGGGGGCGCUGCCAAGGGAGUCGAAGAUGGAGUUAGAAAGAUGGAAGAUGGUAUUCAUCGUGCGGUAUGCUAAGGCAUAGAGGUGUUGGCAAAAAAGUAAUCUCGGUACAACGGUAGCAGCGAAAAUUUUAUGACAUUUGAGCAUCAACAUCUCUCUGGUAAUAUUUGCCCGAUCGGCAAAUACAUGUGGAUAGUACACAAGGGAGUCUCAUACCCAAGUGACCAUCUGAGUCUACUCUCAUUGAGGAGUGCUCAUGUCUCAACACCUCCGGAACUCAUCGCAGCGUCUGAUCUGGAAUAAAGAUCACAAAUAGCCAUGCACCAAGCCUAUUCUAUGCUUUUAGUCUAA